GUGUUCCAAUCGGAGCGCUUGUUGUGUGAGGCCAAGUUCCGGUGUGGGCUCAAUGGCGGCUCGGAGACGCUGUGAGGCGAUUUAAAUUUAAAGAACUGAAUUUAAAAAAUAGCCACAACUCCCGGAACGAACUAAGAGGCUCGCUGCGGGAGAUCGAGCAGUUCCGGAUCGAGAGUCUCACUUACUUCGCACCAUAGCCGCAGCGGGGCGGCAGGCCCAGGCCCAGGCGCCAUGGCCGUGGACAGGCCCUCGCUCACUGUCGUCUACCAGGCCGUCAAAGCGCUUUACCACGACCCCGACCCUGCCGGCAAGGAGCGCGCUUCCGUGUGGCUCGGCGAGUUCCAGAGAUCGAUGUUUGCUUGGGAGAUUGCAGAUCAGCUGCUUCAGUUGCAGCAAGAGGUGGAGCUCUGCUACUUUGCAGCUCAGACAAUGAAGAUGAAGAUUCAGACCUCAUUUAAUGAACUUCCUCCUGAAACACAUGCCUCCCUACGAGACUCACUACUCACCCAUAUUCAGAAUUUGAAGGACGUGUCCCCUGUGAUUGUUACACAGCUGGCUCUGGCGAUUGCAGAUCUUGCCCUGCAAAUGGCUUCAUGGAAAGGAUGCGUGCAAAUGCUAACUGAAAAGUAUGGCAAUGACCCAUCAUCCCUAUCCUUCUUGUUAGAAAUCUUAACUGUGCUCCCAGAGGAGGUUCACAGUCGCUCGCUUCGAAUUGGAGCUAACCGCCGCACUGAAAUAAUCGAGGACCUGGCAUACUCCUCAAGCACAGUGGUAUCCAUGUUGACAGCCUGCACAGAGAGCUGUGGCAACGAGGAGAAGACUCUGAUGAAAGUGUUCCGAUGCUUGGGCAGCUGGUUUAACCUGGGUGUUUUGGAUAGCAACUUCAUGGCAAAUAACCGACUAUUGCUAAUCCUUUUUCAGGUUUUGCAACGUGAUGAAACAUCGACAAACCUGCACGAGGCUGCAUCAGACUGUGUCUGUUCAGCGUUGUAUGCCAUUGAGAAUGUGGAGACAACAAUACCGUUAGCUCUGCAUCUGUUUCAGGGUGUUCUAACUCUAGAAUCUGCAUAUCAUAUGGCUGUGGCACGUGAGGAUCUUGAUAAAGUUUUAAAUUACUGUCGGAUUUUUACUGAGUUAUCUGAGACGUUUUUGGAGGUGAUCGUGCAGACCCCAGGGCAAGGGCUUGGAGACCUGCGGACACUGGAACUAUUACUGAUUUGUGCAGGGCAUGCACAAUAUGAGGUAGCAGAAAUCAGCUUUAACUUCUGGUACAGAUUGGGAGAGUAUCUGUACAAAAUGAGUGAUCCAUCACGCCAUGCUGUCUUUCGUCCUUACAUCCAGCGACUGCUUCAUGCCUUGGCCCGACACUGCCAGCUAGAACCAGAUCACGAAGGAAUUCCAGAAGACUCUGAUGACUUUGGAGAGUUCCGGAUCAGGGUGUCAGAUCUUGUGAAGGAUGUGAUAUUUCUGGUUGGGUCAAUGGAGUGUUUCACCCAGCUCUAUUCUACAUUGAAAGACAGUGGACCUUCUUGGGAGAUCACAGAAGCUGUUCUCUUUAUAAUGGCUUCCAUAGCAAAGAGUGUGGAUCCUGACAAUAACCCUACCUUAGCUGAAGUACUUGAGGCUGUGGUCCAGCUCCCAGAUACUGUGCACAUUGCAGUCCGAUUCACUAGCAUUGAACUGGUUGGCGAACUGAACGAGGUUGUUGAUAGAAAUCCCAGAUUCUUAGAUCCGGUGUUGAAUUAUUUGAUGAAAGGACUACGGGAGAAAACACUAGCUUCAGCAGCAGCCAAGGCCAUUCAGAACAUCUGCUCCUCCUGCCGUGAUCACAUGACCCACCACUUUGAGGGCCUCCUGGAGAUUGUCCGUUCCCUUGACACCUUCAGCCUCUCCCAUGAAGCUGCCAUUGGCCUCCUAAAAGGUACAGCACUUGUUCUUUGCCGGCUUCCUCUGGAUAAGAUCACUGAAUGCCUUAGCGAGCUGUGUGCUGUGCAAGUCAUGGCAUUAAAAAAGCUCCUGGCACAAGAGCUCAGCAAUGACUUGGCUACAGACCCCACCAUAUGGUUGGAUCGACUGGCUGUUAUUUUUAGACACACAAAUCCUAUUGUUGAAAACGGACAGACGCAUCCAUGUCAGAAGGUGAUACAUGAAAUCUGGCCCGUCUUAUCUGAAACAUUGAACAAACACCAAGCGGACAAUCGAAUCGUGGAGCGCUGCUGUCGAUGUUUACGAUUUGCUGUGCGUUGUGUGGGGAAAGGCUCUGCAGCAUUACUUCAGCCCCUAGUUACUCAGAUGGUGAAUGUGUAUCGCGUGCACCCACAUUCCUGCUUUCUCUACCUUGGCAGUAUUCUGGUUGAUGAGUAUGGAAUGGAAGACGGAUGCCGGCAGGGACUACUGGACAUGGUGCAGGCUUUGUGUAUGCCAACCUUCCAGCUGCUUGAACAACCAAAUGGCCUUCGGGAUCAUCCAGACACAGUGGACGAUCUUUUCCGCCUGGCAACCAGGUUUAUUCAGCGGAGCCCAACUACACUCCUCCAAAGUCAGAUCAUCAUUCAUAUCUUAAACUGUGCUAUCGCAGCUGUCAUCCUCGACCACCGGGACGCUAACUGCAGUAUCAUGAAAUUCCUGCGGGAUCUUAUCCACACAGGGGUUGCUAAAGAUCAUGAGGAUGACUUUGAACUGCGAGAGGGUCUGAUCAAGCAGGUGAUGACCCAGCACGGACAGCAGUUAGUCAACCAGCUGCUCCAAGCUGUGUGCUUCUGCCUUCCCCCAUAUACUUUGCCGGAUCUAGCUGAAGUUAUAUGGGAAAUAAUGCAAAUUGACAGAGUGACAUUUUGCAGAUGGUUGGAAAUAUCACUCAAGUCAUUACCUAAGGAAACGGCAGGCGGUGCUGUCACGGUGACACACAAACAGUUGACAGACUUCCAUAAACAAGUCACCAGUGCUGAUGAAUGUAAAAAGGUUUGCUGGGCUUUGAGAGACUUCACGCGCCUCUUCCGAUAGCUGUAUUCACAAAUCCAUGACUUGCAUCAGUCUCCCAGAGGACCGUAUCUCAAACAAACAGACUGGAAAUGCAAAUAUAAACUAAACAAAUCGCCACGGCUGGGUACCAGCAAGAGCAAAUGGGGCAAACAAUCACAAGCAGAGGUCUGUAGCCUGCGCGAGAAGUGCCAAACACCCUAUUGCAUAACGCCAUAUGGCUGGAGCUUCCCUGGCAUUGUGCAUCAGGGCAUGCAAGGGGUUGGGGGAAGUCCAGGAUUUUAUUUCCCCUUCCCAGCUUCAAGAUGGCUUCAACAGAGGAACAACAGCAUGAAUGAACAGCUGCCAAAAUGACUGGCAGUGGAAAUUCAGUUGCCUUGAGCUUGUAUGUAAAAGGGAGGAUCUGGAAUAAACCAGCUUUUAAUCCGCCA